UGAAGUCACCGGUUGCCAUACUGUUUGCUGUUUCCCUGUUAGAAUGGAAGCUAUUGGCGUCCUGGGCUCCUAUUAAGAGUAUACAAAAAACGAAAGAAAGGAGCAGACGUCGUCCAAGGAGAAAUGGCUAGUGUACGUUUGAGAAGCAGUAGGGGUCGGCCGCUGAAUCAUGCAGUGAGUUGUUCCCGUCUACGGAGGAUUCAGUCAAUCCUGUGCAGUGAAAACAAGACAAAGCCAGAUGGUAUCCUCUGCAUUCUUGGGAUUGAUAGCAGGUACAAUGAAGGCUGCAGUGAACUGGCAAACUACCUGCUUUUUGGACUAUACAGUGAGAAGUCCAUUGAUCUGGAGAGAUGUGAGUUCCCUGAGGAGGUCCUGGAUGAUGUAAUUCUACUGAUCAAAAGCGACAGAGUUCAUUUAUACUGCAACCCAGUGAACUACAAUUAUCUUCUUCCCUAUGUGAGCCACUGGCGCAAUCUGUGCUUCCACUGUAUGACAGAGGCAGAGUAUGAAGAUGAAGAAGCAGCCGAAGAGUUCAAAAUUUCAAGCUUUGUGGACAUGGUUCAAGACUGCAGCCGAAUUGGGGUGCCAUAUAGCUCCCAGGGGCACUGUCAAAAAUUUGACAUGUUUGUAGUGGAAAAAUGGCCAAUCAUUCAAGCUUUUGCCCUUGAUGGAAUUGGAGGAGGUGGCUUUUUCACCAUGAAACACAAGCUUAUAGAUGUCAGUGAGAAACUGUGGGAAAUUUAUAACAUAAUGGAUACUGUUGCCUUGGAGAAUCUGCUCAAAGAGGACCUUCCAAUUUAUGAGAAGCAAUGGAAUGGAUUAUAUAGCUGCUUUGAUGUGGAGAGCAACUCUUCCAUUUUGGAAGUGUCUGAAGCACAAGCAGUUGAGCCAUUUCGCAGUUAUUUUACUCAUGGACUGAUUUCCAGCCACAUCACAGAUUCCAGUAAGAGCCGACAACCGUUUGUACUAUUUGGAAGCCAUUCUUCUAGAAAUGACUUGAACUGUUACUCAUGUACCUUCCCAUCAGAGGGAUACCAAGUGAGAAAUACAGGGAGUAGAGGAACAGCUGCAAAGCACAUGCUUGCACACUGUGUUAUGCCGAAAGGACCCUUGGGCUGUGCCAGGACUUGCUUUUUUGGAACUACUCAUACACCUUAUCUUGGUAAUGACAAUGGAAAACACAAAAAGACUGAUCUAAUAUUACUGUGUCAGAUUUAUGAAGCCAUUGUCCAGUCUGUCAUAGCAGCCAUCAAGUGUUUUUCAUGCACUUUCAGUGGUAAUAAGGCAAAGGAUAUGGCAGAACAAACAUUCCGAGCCAGUUUGGAAAGCUAUGGCCUUCCACAGUACAAAAAUGAACUUGGAUCAAAAACUGUGUUCUUUAUUGAAGCUAUGGAUAAUGAAGGAAGGGUUGUUUCUUUGGAAAGUGAUGGCAGCCAAUACUUAGUAAAAAUGGCUUUUAUGAUGGUAUAUGACAUUCCAGAUGCAUUUGGAGAAAUACUUGGCUCCCUGGUUUUCUCAGAAUCGUUCUUGGAAUCCUGUUUAUCUGUAAAUGAGCUAGAUGGCAGUAUUUCCACAGAAAGUUCUUACACUAUCCUGACUGCUUCAAUUCCUCGCUUUGUCUCAUGGAUGGCUGAAGAUGGUGAUAUACAAUUAUCAGAAAAAGCACAACAGCUAUUGAAGGGAGAAAAUGAGGAAGAUGAAUGCUAUCUUGGAAGGUCCCUUUCUGUUGGAGAGUCUGCUUUAAUUUAUUCAAGCAGUCUUUUGUCUAGUCUGGAAGAGGGUAAAAUCAGCUUCUUUUCCAAGGGAAUUCUCUUUGUAAGUUCCCAUUUUGGCAGCAUCACACUUCCCAUGUCAUUGCUGAACAAUUUAACCUUUUAUGAUGGGGGCUCAUCCAAUGCAAUUGCAGUCCUGUUUAUUGAAUACAAAAGCUGUUUCCGCCCUCAUCUGCCCUUCCAACUUCACUGUGCUUCCAAUAGUGUUGCUAUUGCUCUUUUGCCAAAGUCCAAAUGUUACAAGGCUUUCUACUCAGAGGUUUUACCUUCAUUGAAGAAGCAGAACAGAGGUUCUGGAGUAUUUCUAAAGACUGUGCUGAGGGAACAACUCACUGAGGAUUACAGAUUUAUGCAUUCAGUAUUACAGAAACAUUACGAGAAUAAUUCAAUCCCAAUAAGUGACAGCCGUUUCCAGUCUAAGUCUGGUUUGACCAUUCUCCCCUCUAUCGAAACAUUCCUCUCUCAUUUUGCUUUGAGCAGCAGUGUUGGUCACGAGCCUGUAAAGAACUCCCAUCUUGCAGCACUUCUGCAUCCAUUGCAAACAACUGUCCUUAAAGAAGAUGAGAAGAUGGUAAUUUCCAUUAUUACCGGGCUUCCUGGCAGCCACAAGGAUAACCUAUGCAACUUUCUUGUUAAUUUCAACAAAGAACAUGGCAGAUGGGUAGUUUAUCGGCAAGCCUUAGAAAGCUGUGAUAAUUUCAAUGUUGCAAAUUUCCAGCGUUACCUAUCAAGUGUCUUGGAAUCCCAACGAGGCCGUGGAGCUCGUCAUUCUGCCUUUAUCCGAAAAAAAGUACGACUACUGAUAGUCACCCCUGGGUACACAGAUGCUAUUGAUGUUAUACAGGCCUUUCAGUCUCAUCCAGAUCCUGAUGUGCAUGCAGCUUAUGCUGUGGGCUGUGUUACGGCUUGUGUUGAUCCUCUCACAGCUUACAUGGAGCACAGGUUCCUUUUCCCAAAAUUCCUGGAGCAGUGCUGUCAAGGCUUGGUUAGUGCUGUUGUUUUUACCAGCCUCUCUUCUGACCAGAGACACCCAUUGCUGUUACAAAUUCAGCAUCUAAUCCGAACAAGCAAUCCUCAGGCAGCUUUCAUUCUUGCAGAAAAGGGGGCUGUGACACGAAAUGAAGAUGUUGACUUGAUCUUGUCUGAAAGCAGUUUUUCAGAUCCAGAGCUACUCAAAUGCCGUUAUUUGUUGUAUCCUGGAUGGUGCAAUGGCAAUUUUAAGAGUGGUAGAGUUUUUCCUUUGAUUAGCCAAGUUUGUAUACGCUUCAACCGGCCCCUAGAGAAACCUAGCUUUAUGGCGAGGUGCAAAGCAAUAAAGUCAUCUCUCAAAACAAGCCCUUUCUUUGGAAAUGUAUACAACAUAAGAGGGAGAGUUCGCUUUUCAGAUUGCGACAAGCUCAUGGAAGUUAACCACAACACCCUAACCAAUAACUUAAGUUUGGUUUGUGUCCAAGAAGGCCCUUCACCUCCAUCUGGGAAGCUCGAGGGGCGAAAAGAAUCACCAGAAUGCUUUGUUAUAUUUGAUGGAUGUUGCCUAAAUGAAGACACCUUGAAGGACUGGCUCCGUCAGGGUGCUAAGCAGAAACCCUUGAAGAAGGCUCUUAAGAGACAUGAAACAUUAACAUUGCAGGAAAUCAAGAUGAUUCAUGUUAAACGUCACCUGGACCCCCUUCCAAAUGGCUACUACUAUAAUGGAACGCAAUUUGUUAAUUUCUUCGGGGAGAAAAUGGACUACCAUCCAUUGAUGGAGCAGUUUAUUGAUGAGUAUGUUAUGCAAGCUAACCUGGAAAUUGAACGCUACAAUCAAGAGGUUGAUCAGCAGAAUUAUGUGGACCUCUUUGAUCCUUAAAUGGUGGAGCGGAGCUGCCUAAAUGCUCUCACAGGCACUAUUCUUCAGUUACUUUCAGCAUGCUCAGGUAUAGGAGGUUAUACAGCAUGCUGCACCAUGGGUUCAGGUUUCAGGAGAAAUUCUUCUUUGUUUUCACACAUGCCAUGCCUGUGGAAUUUUAUAUUUGCUUUCUAAAGAAUAUAACACAUUUCUUCCUCUAAAUUUCUUACAUUUACAAAGAAGAAGACUUGUAUACACAUUAGGGUGCAAAUUCAUGCAAAGCUAUAAUGCUGUUUGGAGGCCAAUCACAAAUGAAUCAGAAAAGGUGACUCCAGAUUUCUCCAAGAUUGUAAUUUGAGAUCAUUUGGGCAGGCAUAGGAGACUCUGUCCCAAGUAUAAAUUGCACCUCUGCCUUCUUAAUUGCGGUAUAUUCCGCAUGGCAUUUUGUUUCUUUUCAUUUUACUUGUGGGUAUGUGGGUGGGUUCAUGAAUAAGCUUCAAAACGAUUUCAGUUUUAACAACCUUUACAGAACAUGUUUAUUUUCCUAUGUAAUGAAGCUAAAUGGAACUUUUUCACCUGUGAUAGAAUGACAUUAUUGUAUGCUUUGUUUACACAACAAUAUGGAGAAAUUCUGAGGAGUACACCACACCUUGUCCAUUUUCAUUUGUGUUGUAAGGCACCAAAGUCAAUAACCCUCAGUUUUGCUGGUGAACAGUUUAAGCGAGUGUUGUUCAUGAAAUUUUUUUGGGUUCGACAGACUAAACAUUUUGGUAAACACCGUCUUCAAAUGUUUUACGUGUGAUAUAGUGUAUGUAGACAGAGGAAAAUGCCUAGUCCAGUGUAUGACUAAGAUGGCUAGAACACUAAUAAAAAGAGUAUGACAUUUUAUUAGAUUCCUCUGACCAAAAACACCAGUAGCCUGCAUGACACGAGCAAUGUAACCAUCGGUUGUGAAAACAUUAAAUUUGAUUAACUGACAGUUAUGCUGUUGCUUCUGUAAAGAGUGUUAGGAGUCGAAUUAUCAGUUAUGUAUACAGAUUUUUAAAGGUGUACUUGCUUUAGCCUGUGUGCCAAUCCUCCCAGUAUUCUCUUCCCAGGAGGAGAGGUAUUCUAAAAUAGCCUUGGCUUCAGCUCAGUAUGGAAGGAAACAUUUGUGUUUCCUAACAAUCCAAUAGUUUUGAAGUGCUAUUUACUUAAUAUUAAGCUUUGCUCUUGCCAAGCCAUUUUCUAAAGAACUUUUCAAGGACUGCGUCCAGUGUUUGAUCAGUCAAAUGGGGAAGACUGGCAGAUAUGCUGCAUCUCUUCCAAUCAGUGCCUCCAUGAUACUCACUUGAUUUUUUUAGAUUCUCGUGGCUGGAAACUUAAGUAUAGAUGCCUGAUUCUUCCUAAAAUAACAAAUAAAUGAAUAAGCUACUACAAAUAAAAAUAAAAAGGUCAUGGCAAAAAAUAUUGCAAACCAUUGGUUGGAACAAUGGCACUUUGCUAAGUGGAGCCAAUUCUGAGCUCAGUAAAUAAGAAGAUGCCUGCCAUGAUGAAGCAGAGAUUUUUCUGAUCAAGUAUGUUUAUAAAUUGGUGAGUCUCUGAUUAUGUUGAGGUGCUGGAUGCCAUAUUCAUGGUUACUCCCAUAAUCUGUCUGCUAUGACUGUUAAAAAUGUCAGAUUAAGAUUAUGAAAGCAGUCCUGAAAGGGUCUUUAAGUGGGGACCUCUAUAGUAAUAGAGGUUAUUUAUAUUAAUAUUCAAUUGCACAUAAUGUCUUGCAUGAUUACAAAAUCUAUUUAAUCUUCCUGAAUGGCCUUUCACCAAACUGGUACUCUGAAGAAACAUAUCUGGUGACAAAUUGAAUUACCUCGGUAUUGAUACCAUAUUUUUCUAAUACUGUGAAUUUUAAAAGGAGUGAAGAAAUGCUCACAAUCUGGAGGAAAAAAAUGUAUGUAAUUUUUUUCAAACAUCUGUGCCUUGGAAAAUGGCCAAGUUUGGAAGCUUUAAGGAGAAGUGUAGUUUUGCCCUUCUGUCUGUUUCAUGGCAGAUGGAAGGGGAGCCUCUUCUUACAGUGUUGGUGAAAGGACUACUGAAAUUGAUAUUACUAUACAAGUGUUAAAUGCGGUAAUGCUGGCUAGUGGCAGAAACCACCUGAAGAUCAAA